UUCCAAAGUACUGGCAUCACAUAUCACUACAAUCAAAAGUUCUCCUUAUGGCUUCCUACCACUACUCUCCUAUCUUAUUCAUGCUCUUGACAUUACUCACUCAACUUGCUGAGAGCCGUUUAACACAAGAAACAUUGACAACAGCUUUUGGAGCUACGUCAAAAUCUUCCGCUAAUGAAGGAACAAAAUGGGCUGUACUUGUGGCUGGUUCGAUGGGUUUUGGUAAUUAUAGACAUCAGGCUGAUAUAUGCCAUGCUUACCAAAUCUUGAAGAGAGGUGGUCUCAAAGAUGAAAAUAUCAUUGUUUUCAUGUAUGAUGACAUUGCUCAUAACGAUGAAAAUCCAAGAAAAGGGACUAUCAUAAAUAACCCAAAAGGAGGAGAUGUUUACAAAGGAGUUCCCAAGGAUUAUACGGGUGACAGUUUGACAACUCUCAAUCUUUUAGCUGCCAUACUUGGAAAUAAAACAGCUAUAAAAGGAGGUAGCGGUAAAGUUGUGGAUAGUGGCCCAAAUGAUCGAAUUUUUAUUUACUACUCCGACCAUGGUAGUCCUGGUGUACUAACUAUGCCUAAUGACGACGAUCUAUAUGCGAAAGAUUUGAUCAACACCUUGAAGAAAAAGCACCUUAUGGGAACAUACAAAAGCAUGGUAAUAUAUGUAGAAGCAUGUGAAGCUGGUAGUCUAUUUGCGGGUCUUCUGCCCAAAGAUUGGAAUAUAUACGUAACAACUGCAUCAAAUCCUGAUGAAAGUAGUUGGGCAGUUUAUUGCCCAGGCUUUGAUCCGAGUCCUCCUUCUGAAUUUGAUACAUGUUUGGGUGACUUGUAUAGUGUUGCUUGGAUGGAGGACAUUGAGAUACAUAACGCCGACACCGAGACAUUAGCACAACAAUAUCAAGUGGUAAAGAAACGGACCGCAGCUGGAGGAGAUCAUGGAUCACACGUCAUGGAAUAUGGUAAUAUGAACUUCAAUGCGGAACCUCUGUCACUAUAUUUGGGCUCAGCCCCUAAUUCGGCCCAUAAGCAUCACAAUAAAGGGGGAAAGGGUAGUCACAAGCCAAUAUCAUCAAUAGCUGCUGUUGAACAACAUGAAGCUGACAUUCUCUAUUUAAGACGAAAGGUUUUGAGAGCUCCGGAAGGGUCUGUUAAGAGAAAACAAUAUGAAAAGGAGUUGGAAGAUGCAAUAUCUCAUAGGGAGCAGGUAGACUGUACCUUUGAAGAGAUUGGAAAAGCUGUUUUUGGUGAUGAUAAUGGUAUUCAGAUGAUUAAAACCGUUCGAUCAGCGGGACAACCAGUCGUGGACGAUUGGGAUUGUUUCAAAACACUGGUUGACACUUAUAAGACACAUUGUGGACCACUCUCCACCUAUGGAAAGAAACAUAUGCGGGCAUUUGCAAACAUGUGCAAUGCUGGGGUGCAACAAGCUCAAUUGGCUAAAGUAGCAUCACAAUUGUGUGGGAACAACUUCAAUUAAGAAGUGCGCAUAAGCCUCAACAACCUGUAACCAAAAAUAAAUACGUGUGUAUGUGAGAUAUAUAAUGAACCGUGGGAUAUUAACAAUACAACGCACUAUAGAAGCGCAUGCGCAAGAAUGUCCAUAUAUAGUAUGCGCAAACUAAGCUUUGUUUCUAGUUUCUACUUUAUUACAAUUUGCAAGCAAUGAACAAGUGUAAAAUUAUUAUAUAAAGUUGUUAAAGCUUCCCA